AUGGAGAUGGCGUUUGCGAUGGGGAAGGAGAUGAUUUGUCCACUAUGCCGAUACUUGCACAAGGACCAACCGUUCAUGACUCUGGAGUCCGAUGAGGAUCUCAAACCAUUUUCUACGAACCAUCGAUCACCACUGUCCUCUCCAUCCUCGCCCUCACACACUCAAGCAUCAAUCCUUCACGAACACCCAACAAGCGGAACCGUUCUCUCGAUGAUGCCCUCCCUCUUCGAGACCUCCCUCGGUCACGGACCUACCGCAGGAACUAUCAGGACAGCGCCCAAUGGAAUCUGUCUGCGCACGUCGACUUGGUUGUUGCUCUACGCCGUGCCCUUUACGGUCGCACUCUGCUUCUUGGCGUUUGUGUUGGGAAAAGUCGAGACGCUUUGGUCAAAGAUCUCGUGUUUGAUCGGAGCUGCCAUCUGUUAUAUGGUCUGCUGGGCGUUCGUAGUGGCAGUCAUGGACCCGGAUCAUGAGGCAAGGGCUAUUCUGGAACGGUUGGAUCAGGACCAGCGGCGACGGGCUACCCUCCAAGCCAUGCAAGGCGGGAACAGCAUCACUGAAAUUGGACCUUCUGACAUGUCAGGAAUGGAUUCAUCUAUCGCUAGUCGCGCGGCAUUGGAACUCACAAGGAGGGGGACUGGCGGUAGUGUCGACUAUCGUUCCAAUUCUCCAUCUCCUACAAUAAGCAACGACGAAUUUGAACAGGAUGCGUCUGCGCGACAAAUGACAGGAGGAGAGGCAGAAACAGACCCGGGAUGGCCCUACUCGGUAGCUGGCUGGGUUCCUCCCCGAUACGCACAGGAUAUCCAGAAUCGGUUGCUUGACUUUAGCGAGAUGCUCGACCGUGUUCCUGACAUGAUGGGUGAAUGGUGA